CCUUUGCUGUCGCGCUAUUCUCGUCAUCCUCCAUCCUUCUUCACUCUCGUCCUAUUCUCCUCUCCCCCCUUAACGACAACAUUAUCGACCGGUAAAGGCGCUGAGAGCUUGUCUCCUCCCUCCAGCUGCCUUCAAUCCUUCUCCGCCGCCGUCGCAGUCUUUUUCUCGUCCGCCCAUCUCUCGCUGCUGAUCCCGCUUCGAUUCGUCACCCUUUCGCAGUCCUCCCCCUUUCGGACCAACCCACGCUCAUUCACACUGCACUUUAUUUUUCCCCCCAUCAUCUCGCCUUCUUAGCGACAUUUCUCCGCUUUCGACGCGCUCGCUCUUUUCGCCGAAUCCGCAGUUCGCCUGCCUUCGUCGACGCGGAUCGCCCGAGGAGCCGGAAUCCAGCACGACCAACUCAACGUCACUCAUUUUCGGUGAACGAUUAAUCUGCCCGCCAGGCCUGACCACGCAAGACGCGCGACUAUCCCCUCCAUCUCUUGGUCGCGCUGUGAGAAGAUUCCCCUCUUCCUUUGCUCAAAGCGCCAAUUCGCUGGCCUGACCCGUCGGUUGCCGUUCGUUUCUCUCAAAGCAGACUUCUUCCACGCCUUCUUCGUGCACUUCGGGUCGCGAGACGUGUGCCGGAUUGCUUGAGGCAGGAAAGGACCGUGUUCGCUGGUUGCCGUGCCUAUCUUGUGUUUCCUCGGGGCUUGGGUUUAAGAGCAGGAUAUCUCGUUGAAAGAUUGGGUUUGCCGCAUCCACAAGGACGUAUACAGCGCCGCUACGACCAUCACAGCCUUGCACAACUCGCACGACCCCCUUCGAAGAUGGUAGCUUGAAGCACCGUUGGCAAAUCGUCUUUUGUGGGUCGUGUUACUAACUUCACUGUCUCUCAUUUAUCGUGGUCCAUAUUUGAGUUUUCAAAAAAAAAAACGCGAUCCUCGUGAGUUCGCAUCCUCGCUCCUUUGCAGACACCGAUCUGUCAAGUACACUCGUUUAUAUCCAUUCCUGACAACCAGCCCUCUAAGAAUCGCCUAUUCUUCUCUGCUCUUCGACUCAAACAUACAGGCAAGAUGAGGACGAUAAACGUAUUAUUACUCGCUGCGCUCGGCUCAGACACCUUCCAUGGCUCCUUCUUUACCAUGGCGCAGGCAGCACCUGCCCCCGGCCUGCCUGCCCCUGUUCAGCGACCCAAAUACUACUUCCCACGCCACAUCAAGAGACAGAUCGUUCCCGCGUUCCCGAACAGCACAACGCCUGCUCCAGAAGCUACCGAUCCCCUGGUAAGUGCUUUGGCUGAUCCGGCAACCGACAAUACCUCGUCGAGCGGCUCCUCGUCGGAUCCUCCAGCAGCGGUCUCGUCUUCGUCUGACUCCGUUGAUGCCGCCUCUGCUACAUCGUCGACGGCUCCAGAUAGCGGCGUCCUAGCUGGCAUUUUCGGCGCUGCCACAGGAGUUCUCGGUCCCGUUGUAUCGGGAGUCGCAGAUCCCCUAGUGUCCAACGUCGGUGGCGUCGUAUCUGGUGCUGCUUCUGCGGUCACCAGCGCCGUUGCUCCGGUCACCAGCGUUGUAAGCGGUGUAGCGUCUGACCUAGGCGGCGUUGUAUCUGGCGCCGCAACUGGUGUGGUCACUCCGGUUGUGUCCGGCGUAGCAGGCGUUACUUCUGGUGUUAGUGAUGCGGUUCAGGGACUUACAACUGGUGGCGUUGAUGGCCUCGUUUCUGCCGUCACGUCAGGUGUCGUGGCUCCUCUCGCUACAGGUGUUGUUCCUGACGUUGUUUCCGGGGUCACGUCUGGUGUCCUCGCUCCCGUCGUAACUGGCGUCGUUCCUGACGUCGUUUCCGGCGUCGCAGGCUCAUCUGGCGUGGUCACGGCUUUAGUCUCCGCGGUCACAUCAGGUGUCGUCGCUCCGCUCGUCACGAGCGUGGUUCCUGAUGUUGUCUCUGGUGUUGCGGGCUCCUCCGGCGUUGUCCCGGCUGUUGUGACGGGCGUUGUUCCGGACGUUGUCUCUGCUGUCACGUCCGACGCUUCCGCUGUGGCCACAGGUGUGGUCGGUCCUCUUGUGUCUGCGGUCACCUCCGACGUUUCGGUCGUCGCUACAGGAGCAAUUGCUCCCGUCACAUCGGAUGUGGCCGCGCCCACAGGCGUUCUUCCCACUACAAUCUUACCGGGUAUAGUUUCAAGUGCUACGGGAUCAGUCGUGGCCGGAACUGAGCCAACUAGUGCCCCUGGCAGCAUCAUGGUUGGUCUCUCCACGGUCAUUUCGGGUAAUGUCAACCCAUUGCCGGAGCCCACGUCCCAGUCCGUUCUCACACUGUCCGGCGAUGGAAUCUUUGGCCCAGGAACCGCCAUUUCCUCCCCCACACCCUCGCCAAACGACACGUCUCCACAGUCUUCGUACGUGCCGGUCUCGACGGUGGCGCCUGCCGAGUCCAACACUCCUCAAAGCCAGCCAGGGACUUCGCUUCUAGCUGCUCCAGCGCCGUCUGGCACUCAAACUGCAACUGCAUCCGGUAUUCCAACCAACAUGCCCAAGGUUAUUACUCCUCCUGGUGGCCCGGUGGCCAAGCCUGAGAACACGACGCUCAUCCAGAUUGGUUUCACUCAUGAGCUGAACUAUCAAUUUGUGUCGACGAAUCCAACCUCGGCGCAGCAGAUCUUCACCUUUUUACCAGAAGGCAUCUCGUACGGGCUCUUGAUUGAUCAGUCCAGCGCGACCAUGUUCAACAUUCAGCCUUAUGACACAUCGAAGUCUUUGGGCUACAUUACGACAUUGGCACUCAUGUACAUUCCUACCGACCUGGUCAACCAACUAGCGGUUGACCUUCACACCCCGAAUUCCGCCGUGUACAACAAUCCUGACUCGACGAUCAACACGCUCAUGUCCUUCAUCAACCCUGCUAUCCCGCUUAUUGCUGGUCAGCCCAUGGAUGGUACCAACUCUGGCAGUGAUGCGGCCGCCGAGACCACCACGGUAGGCGCUUCAGGUGGGGGCGCACCGUUCGGUGGCGAUUCUGGCAACAGCGAAUCUGUCAAAUCGUCUUCUGUUGCCAUUGGCACCGCAGCUGCGGCCGGCGUCGUUCUAUACGGUGCUGCUAUGGGUCUUGUAGCCCGCCGCUACCGUAAGAAGAAAUUGGCCGCACAUUCCCGCAGCAGUUCACUCACAGGCAGCGAGCCUGGGUGGAUGUCUGGUGCCGGAUACAGCAGACACAGCCAUGGUAGUGGUACAAGCCAGGGUCGCAGCAUUCGAUCACAGGGCAUUUCCGCCCCCGUCAUGUCGGAGAAUUCGCUCGGCUGGAACUAAGCCGCCCGAUUCUCGCUCAGCUAGCAGGGAGAGAAAAGGGCGACGUUACACUCCCUCAGCUGGCCCAAUGACAGGCGGUGUAUUCAUAUCUCGGAACGUCACGGCCAAACUCAAUUCUCUCUCACAACUCGACAUGAAGACAGGGAUGUUUCUCAACCAUCAGAAAAAACCUUACCUCCAUUCUUGCUGCCCGUAUGCGAUCUGCGGGCGGACUAUUUGAUUUGUUAUUCGAUUCUCAAAACUCUUCAUAUACCAUUCUUUGGAAGCGGGCAUUCUUUUACUUUAUGAUUCCGACUUGAGUAACGAGUCCGGAAACAACGCUCGUGGAUUCUCUUUGUGGCUUGGGAAAUACACCUCUUUCGACAUACCAUAUAACUUUGUUCUGUCUGCUUCUUUCUCUAGAUACCACUGCCUUGCUCAGUAUUACGACGUGAUCUGUUGCUCAUGAUCAUACAUAUAUACAUAUAUAGACAUUGCCUGACUAUAAGUAUGUUGUUAUCUUGGGCAUGUUUGUGUAGUCUUAACCUGGCAGGAGAGAGCUUGGCGAGAAGGAGAAGGAAGGAGAAUUUGAACAGCAAGUCAAAGAGGACAGUAGAAGCACCAAGCUUGUUAUGCUGACUUGUAGAAAGAGUGGCUUGUUGCUCCUACUGUUGAUAUGUGUGCGUUGUUGAUGAGAUUGAACGGAGGACGACAAGCGGGCCAGCCCUUUUUGUAUAUAUGGCGCUGGUAUUCCAGCGCAGAUAGGAAGGAACGACCUAGUAGUUUUAAUCUGAUUGCUACUACCCA